CCAGGCGACCUCGCUCCCCCAGCUAUCGCUACAGCUCCUCAGACGCGCACCCGGCGCCCUUGCUCUCUCGCCAGAGGUGUCAAAGAAACUACAUCUCCCGACAGGCAGCGUUGCCCUUUCCUUCCUCCCUCGCUCUCCCACUCCAGAUCCCUGGCAACAGCGUGACGUGACGGGACUCGGAGCUGCGGUCAGUGCUAGCCUACCCGGCGCGCGGGCUGGAGCAGGGAGAAGGCAUCCGGAGCCCGCGCCCGCCGCCCUUCCCGCCCGGCCUCCUCCGCAGCCGCCGCAGCCCCGAGUGCCAGGGACGGGCGCGCGCAUGGCCUCUGCGGGCGCGCGGAGGCUGCCGGCCCCGACGCGCGCGGCCGCUCGGAGCUGCUGCGGCUUCUCGCUCCGCCCGGGCACGCGCGCGGUCCCGCCCCCGCCCCCGGGCCCUCCGCGGCCGCCGCGGCCAGUGAGGUUUCUGAUUUCCUGUAACCUCUUCUUGCCUCGCGCUGCCCAGGUCGUGGCGGCCGAGGCUGGCCUACCUCCCAGUCGUUCCUUCAUGGGCUUUGCUGCCCCCUUCACCAACAAGCGGAAGGCUUACUCGGAGCGUAGGAUCAUGGGGUACUCAAUGCAGGAGAUGUAUGAAGUCGUGUCCAAUGUCCAGGAGUACCGAGAGUUUGUGCCGUGGUGUAAAAAGUCACUGGUAGUAUCCAGCCGUAAGGGUCACCUGAAAGCCCAGUUGGAGGUUGGGUUUCCACCUGUCUUGGAACGUUAUACCUCUGCGGUCUCCAUGGUCAAACCACACAUGGUCAAGGCAGUUUGCACUGAUGGCAAGCUCUUUAACCACUUAGAGACUAUUUGGCGAUUCAGCCCUGGUAUUCCUGCCUACCCUCGAACCUGCACUGUGGACUUCUCGAUUUCCUUUGAAUUUCGUUCUCUGCUGCACUCCCAGCUGGCGACCAUGUUUUUUGAUGAGGUUGUCAAACAGAAUGUUGCUGCCUUUGAGCGCCGGGCGGCCACUAAGUUUGGUCCAGAAACAGCCAUACCCCGUGAACUGAUGUUCCAUGAGGUGCACCAGACUUGAGACAAAGAAUUGCUCCCUUGCCUUCACCCCCUCUUCCCACCCAAUUUUUAUUUAUUUGUUUUGGCUCUUGCUCAGAGAGAGGUCUAAGUUUUACUUCUCAAUUCUUCCUAAACUGGGCUGCAUGCUGGCUGGACAUGUGGGGAAGAUAGCACAUACACAGCAAAGAAUGCCUUGUGCCCGCGGCCAUUUCACACCGAAUAAACCCAGAGCUGUAGUCUUUGGACCAGGUCAGGCGGAUAUAGUAGUAACUUCCUCACACAGAGGUACUAGCUGGCAAGUAACUUUUACCCCACUAAGAUUUCUCAGGAGAAGCAAAAGGCAACCUGCCUCAGCUUAGGAACGUGUCCAUGCUGUCUGACGGGUAGAAAGUGAGGAGCUGCUUCACAUCAGUGCCACAGAGCAGAGGAGGAGGAAUUCCUUAAACAGUGUUGGGAUGUACCUUUUUCUUCCACGUGGCCUGAGUUUUUAUAAAACUUCAAUAAAUUGUGA